AUGGAUUUCAUCAAGACCAGUUCCCUGCGUGCUCUGAUUGAGUUAACUUUCCAACGCAACUGGAACGGCCUAAUUUGGAUGAGUAGAAAAGGAGUUAUAACCAAAAGAGUGAAGACUGUCCAGACGGCUCUAUCGAGAAUCAGCGCCCAACCGCGCAGUCCGGCUGGCCGAGGAACGAAUGUUCGCGCUCGGCCAAAACUGUCCGUCCGUCUGAAGUCUCGGCCAAAGUCCAAACCACUCGGCCGAUCACGCAUCACGACCCGGGAAACUGCCCGCGGUCGGCCGCCACAACGCCACGCCACGCCGCGCACGACCAAAGCGCGCGAGCCGGGAAAAGCCUCGCGGCCGCGCAACUCCUCGCGUACCACGGCCGACGCUCCGUCCGAGCCGGGAGAACGUCCCGCGUCCGGCCGAGAAUUUCAUCGGCCAAAUCUAUCCGCCGACCACGCCGGCCGACCGUGA